AUGUCUCGCGACGGAGGACAUCAACAACCCGACUACGAUGCUGUCAUUCAGUGGCCAUACAACGAUCUCUUCGACGAGGUUGAUAUCUUCGACGAGGUUGAGAUCCUAUCCGUCGAUCUAACUCCGCCAGCCGUACCUCGGGAAACCUUUGCCGUGCCUGAGAGUUAUUCAGCUCAUCCACAUACGUAUCGCAAUGACUUCUCCACACACAACACAUUCAAUUUUCCUAUGUCCAACGUGGAUGUCACCUCUUUCACUGCACCAGAGCCCCUCGAUCACCUCGAUUUCUCAGGCAUUGCCACAACGAUAAAUCCUUUCCCGAUCACCGACAUCAAUGAUCCAUUCACGGAACCUAAUGCAUGGUUAACUUCUCAAGACCGGCCGCUAAUGUUGGCGGACGCUUCAGACGCGAUAACAGAAGACGACCAGUGGGCCCAGUAUAAGGAAAUCCUACGCCAUCGAUACUUGGACCAAGACUGGUCGCUUAAGAAGCUGAAGGAAUAUAUGAAAACCAAUUGCAAAUUCGAAAAAAGUGAAGCUCAAUACAAGCGCAAGUUCAAGAGCUGGGGCUGGCGCAAGCACCUCAAAGCCGAAGAUUGGAAAUUUGUUGCCCACCGUGUACGGAAGCGCACAUUGCAUGGCCAAAGCAUCAGCGAUGUCUAUGUCGACGGGGCCUUGGUGCCCGCAGAGAGAGUCCGCAGGGAAAUCGCUCGCUAUGGCUGGCAGAGAACUGUUGAAAGAUUUGCCUCCGGAAAUAGAGGCGAAUCCUGGGUCGACCUGGUCAGACAUUCGAGAGAUGGCCAUCUCGCUGCCCAACAAGAAAUCGUCCGCUUGCUGCUCUUCGCCGUGUCGAACGAUAUCACCGAUGAGAAGACUGUGGCGAAGGUCCUUGCCGCAAUCUCAGAGAUCCCCGAGACACGGGCUCUUUUCGACUUCCUAUCAAUACAAAAUGCUACCAUCCAAGCCUUUGCAGAGAGACUGUUCAAGGCCACCAUACUCGCCGGGAAUUUUCGCCUCAUGGCCGAGUUUUUGAAGCGUGGUGCAGAUCCAAACAUCCUCCUGACGUACGAUCACGAAAUGAAGACUGCUCUCUAUUCAUGCGCCGCAAAAGGACAGCUGGAAUCUUGUCGGCUACUGUUGGAGUUUGGUGCUGAUGCCAAUGCCCUAACAACCGUUGGGGCCUCGUUUGAUACUCCAUUGGCAGCCGCCGCAGUGGGAGGGAAUCCUGAGCUGGUCCGUCUGCUACUCAGACAUGGCGCUGAGGCGCACACCAGUCGGCGUAUUCAUGAAGGAAGCCUUGCGCUAAAAACCCUGUUGUACCGCAGGACUGCAAGCCAGGCUGCUUGUAUUGAGAUUAUUGAGAUUAUACAGAUGUUGUUGGGAGCAGGAGCCAAUAUCAAUGCUCAAGGCUUGGGAAGUCUUCUCGCUCCGCCUCUUCUCUGCGAGGACCACGACCUUGUCAAUUUUCUGCUACAGGCUGGAGCCGACCCAUCUCUCCUUUCCACUGACAAGGUUGGCGGGACCUUCUUCGCAAAAGCAGCAGCGACAGGAGGUGUGCGCUUGCUCUCGAACGUGUGGAAGUUUGUGUUUAAGGUUCAACCGGAUGAUGGCAGCGUGGUCGCUGAUUUCGGACCUACAGUCUAUUGCCUUUUGGGAAAGUUGACAUACUUGCCGGGCGAGAUAAUCACGCUAUUGUACGAGUGCUUUUCGGAACGAAGACCGCCUAGAGAAGAAGAAUAUUGGAGAACGGCCGCACAACAGGCAAUACACCGAGGGGAUCUGGACAAACUCGCAAUACUGUUAACAGCUGCGGGACGAUCUGAACGCAAUAUGGACAUACAACCCAAACCUGGCCUGGGAACCUGUUUUUGGAUGGGUUCAACCGAGGACUUUUGCUAUCUGCUCGAGGCCGCCGCAGAGUACUCUGACAGGUCGAUUGCAUUGCUUCGAACUCUCUCUUGA